AUGCAUGCCGUAGGAACAAGCGCGCUCGAUGUUUACGCGCCGCUGCCGCCUGUCAUUCCAGCGGAUAAUCUUGCCGAAAGAAGGAUACCCGCCAGCAACCGUGGCCGCGGUGGCGGUCGUGGCCGCGGUGUGAAGUCUGCGCCAGCAUCCCGCAAAACGAACUCUAGGCGCGACCCGCCAGAGGGUCCAGAAGAAAACCCAUCAUUAUCCACCCGAGCUGGCAAACAACCCGUUCCUCAGAACGACGACAGUUUUGACUCUCCGUUCACGAACAACGUCGAGCGCGCCGACCCUCAACCUAGCAUCCUCCCGCCUGUUGGACAAACACAACCUCAGCCGAGCAGAGCAAAUGAACGCCGACCGGGCCGAAAGUUCAUUACUCGUCCGAUGUCCAAGUCUGCUUCUCCCGCGCCAUCUCUCGUUCGGCCAGCUCCGUUCCCAAUGAGUCUGUCCGUUAACGUCCCAGACAACCUGCAGCCUCGUCCUCGACCCCGCCCUCUGUUCGCGAGUUCGGCUGUGCCGUCAGUGCCUAUGGCGGAGCCCACCAAAACGGACCUUGGUCGCAAACGCGCUGCCUCGCCUGAUCGGGAGAUUGAAGUACCUCCGAAGCGUAUCCGCAUGCCUACUAUCGCAGAGGAAGCCCGUCGGGCAGCACCUUCCAGACUGGGCCAGCCUCCCGCAUCGUCUCACACUCAGCAGGAAGCUCCAUCUGUCUCCUCAAGUCAACAGCCGUCUCAGCCCCCGCUCUCGGUCAAGCAGGAAGAGGGCGACAUCAAGAUCCUGGAUGUAGAUGGCACCGAGCUCGUGGCCCAGGUCGACCCGCACAGUCAGGUUACGAUACAGAAGAUCGCCCAUCUCAAAAUCCGACUGAUGGAAAUCCUGGGUAUGCCGUCAUACGAUAAGAUCUUCAGCACAUUGAAUGCAUUCGAGCGCGAUAUCAUGAAUCCGCAAACGCAGGCUUAG